UUUAUUAUUGGAUCUCCCAUGGAAACUAAGGCUUCAGGAGCUCCAAGCAACCGAGUCUAUGAGUUUUUUGAACCUUACUGCAAAUGGAGCACUGAGGAAGGACCAGAGACUCUCCAGAUUGAUCUUAAGGGAUUCAAGAAGGAGCAAUUGAAGGUUCAAGCAAAUGAAAAGGGGAUGCUAAUAAUAUCAGGUGAAAGGCCUGUGGAUGCCAAAAAGUGGAUUCGUUUCCGCAAGGAAACCAAACUUCCUCAAGGCUGCAACUACAAAGACGUGCGUGCCAAGUUAUCCAAAGGCUGUCUUUCCAUUGUAAUGCCCACAAAGGUUCCUGAUCAUCAUCCACCACCUUCAAAAAAUAAUAAUGACUCUAACGAAGCACAGCAGAAUGAUGAUAAGAUUAGUGUUUGGGGAGUGAAGAUUGAUAAGAGAAGGUUCGUCAGAGUUGCGGUGGUUGUUACGGCGGUGGUUUUGGUCACCGUCGUAGCACGACUGGUUCAGGUUUAUAGACAUCCACAACAUCUCGUUUCUGACAAGGAGCAAGCUGUCCAUUUAUAGAUAUGAAUGUUUCAUUUUAAUAUUUCAAUUAAUAAAAUUUAUUACAAUAUAAUAAUGUAACAUUAAUUGAAAGCCCUCAUGUUAUUAUUUGUUAAAUAUACUAUGCAUACUUUGCAUUUUGACCUUC